AGAAGCCGCUUGUUUAGUGUCGAAACGACAGCCGCAGCGAGCAGUCACCUGAAAACGAUGGGAAAACUAGUACUUUACGGAGUGGAGCCAAGUCCGCCGGUGCGGGCCUGCAAACUGACCCUGGACGCCCUGGGCCUCCAGUACGAGUAUAAGCUGGUGAACCUGCUGGCCGGGGAGCACAAGAGCAAGGAGUACACCCUGAAAAACCCGCAACACACUGUGCCCCUGCUGGAAGACGACGGCAAGUGCAUCUGGGAGAGCCACGCCAUUUGCGCUUACCUAGUGAGGCGCUAUGCCAAGGACGAUGCCCUGUAUCCCAAGGAUUACUUCAAGCGUGCUCUUGUGGAUCAGCGGCUGCACUUCGAGUCGGGCGUAUUGUUCCAGGGCUGCAUUCGGAACAUCGCCGCUCCGCUGUUCUAUAAAAACGAGACAGAGGUCCCGCGCUCCAAGAUCGAUGCCAUCUACGAGGCCUAUGACUUUCUGGAGCUGUUCGUCGGGAAUCAGCAAUACUUGUGCGGGGCGGGCAUAACCAUCGCCGACUACAGUAUGGUCUCGUCGGUUACCAGUCUAGUCGGCUUGGCCCCCGUCGAUGAGAAGCGCUACCCCAAGCUGAGUGGCUGGCUCAACAGGAUGGCCGCCCAACCUAAUUAUCAGUCGCUCAACGGAAACGGCGCACAGAUGUUGAUCGACAUGCUUAGCUCGAAGAUCACGAAAAUUGUGUAACUUUGUAUUCUAGCUCUACAGGUUAGCAAUGAGAUUGUCGCUGGCUACGUAACAAUAAAGCUUCUAUUUGUAUACACCUUACAAAAA